CGUCCUCUCCUAAUAAUACAUUCUUGUUUUCGUUAGAAAAUAGCAAUGUUAUUAUUAUUAUUAUUAUAUUCCAUCGCUGUCUCCGGUCUUCGCUGAUAACGUUUCAUUCGUGAUAACGCAGGGAACACUUGUUAGUUGUUGUUAGGCGUAGUGAAAUUAUGUCUCAUGACAUAAAAGCUUAAACGUUUAUCUAUGCAUAACUUAUUGAAUCACGUUCUACAGUUUAUUUUAACAAAUAUUUACUAAUAACAUUCGUACGUCACAUCUGAGUCAUGGUCGAGUUAAUCGUGGAAUAGGUUUUUUUCUACACGCCAUCAUUUCAUCGUUGUCUCUUUUUCGUUCUAAAAGCAAAACCCUCAUCUUCGAAAAACCGUCACUAUGGCCAUGUUUAAGCCUGGUUCGUCAACCGAACCAACGUCUGAAAUCGAACUGACAUUAUCUUGCAGAAACUUAUUGGACUGUGAUAUGUUUUCAAAAUCUGAUCCAAUGUGUGUUGUAUAUAUGAAAACACCAGAAACUACUAAAUGGAUUGAAAUUUGUCGUACUGAAUGUAUAAAUAAUUCUCUAAAUCCUAAUUUUGUUACAAAAGUUCAUGUGUUAUAUCGUUUUGAAGUUCAGCAAUUGAUAAAAUUUGAAGUAUAUGAUAUAGAUUCAAACCUGCAUGAUCUGAAAUUUCAAGAUUUUUUGGGAUCAUGUGAAACUACUCUUGGACAUAUUGUGUCUUCAGUAACACUUACUUUACCUCUAAAAGGAGUAAAAACAAAUAACAAAGGUCAAGUGAUCGUAAAGGCAGAAGAACUCCCGGCAUGCCAUGAUGAAGUCACCUUACAUUUUAAUGGAAAAGAUUUAGUGCGAAGUGAUUGGAUAUCAAAAUUUUUUUCUUGGUUUUCAAAAGCUUAUCCAUUUUUAGAAUUAUAUAAAGUCGGUGAAGAUGGACAGUAUCAAUUAGUGUAUAGAACUGAAGUUGUUAACUGGACAAACAAUCCUACUUGGAAACCAUUAACUUUACCUGUUCGUUCUUUGUGUGGUACUGAUUUUGAUAGAGAUAUUAAAGUAGUAUGUUAUCAUUACAAAUAUAAUGGAAAUCAUUCAUUAAUAGGAGAAUUUCAUGUUACAAUGAAUCAAUUAAAAAAAGGACCUGGACCAGAAAAUGAUCAUAAGUGUGUCAAACCAAAGUCAUCUAAAAUUUAUGGAAGCAUACGUCUGAAUCAUUUUGAGUUGAAAAAAACAUUUACAUUUCUUGAUUACAUAAUGAACGGUACACAGAUAAAUUGUACAUUUGCUAUAGAUUUCACAGCAUCUAAUGGAGAUCCAAAAGAUUACAAUUCGUUACAUUACCUUAGUAAUAGACCCAAUCAGUACGAACAAGCAUUAGUAGCUGUGGGGGAUAUUAUUCAAGACUAUGAUAGUGAUAAAGUGUUUCCAGCAUUGGGUUUUGGUGCCCGCAUUCCACCUCACGGGGAUGUGUCUCAUGAGUUUUUCUUGAAUUUACAAGCCAGUGAUCCAUACUGUGCUGGAAUUGAAGGGGUGAUCAAUGCAUACCAUCAUUGCAUUAGGAGCGUUCAGUUAUUUGGUCCUACAAACUUUAGUCCUGUAAUCAAUCAUGUUGCAAAGUUUGCCCAGGCAUAUCAAGAUGGAUCACAGUAUUUUAUUCUGCUAAUCAUUACUGAUGGUGUUAUAACAGAUAUGUUCCAUACUAAACAGGCCAUAAUCAAUGCAUCGUCUUUGCCUAUGUCAAUUAUCAUAGUGGGGGUAGGUAAUGCAGAUUUUGAUGCGAUGGAGGAACUGGAUGCAGAUACGGUCCCAUUGGAAGUCAAUGGUGUUCGUGCAACUAGAGACAUUACACAAUUUGUAUCGUUUAAAGAUUUCCAGUCAUAUGAUAAUCCAGCUUUAGCUAAGGCAAAUUUAGCCCGAGAGGUGCUUGCUGAAAUACCAAUUCAGAUUGUAGGCUACAUGAAGUCCAAAAAUAUUAUUCCUACAAACAUAAAAAAAUAAAGCUUUAAAUAUUUAUCAUAGAUCACUAGUCUUUAAAUUGUGUGCCACAGUAAAUGAUAUUUAUUCCAUUUCAAUUAAUUUAAUAAUUAAGUCUUUUUAUUAUUUGCUAUUUGCUUAUAAAAUAUUAAAUCUUUUUUAUUGGUAAUUUUAAUAAGUCUGAAAACCAAAAAAAAAGCUUUUAACUUGUAUUUAUGUAUUUAUUCUAAAGAAAUAUUUAUAAUUCUAUUGUAUUGUAGCUACCUUAUUAUGUAUUUAGAUAUUUUACUUUUUAUUUAUUUUUGUUAUUCAAUUAUUUUACUAAUUAGUUUGUUUUAUGUUUUUAUGGAAACGAUAUAAAAAAAUUGAUGCAUUUGAUGGUUUUUUAAAUAAAUGUUUGAAGGACUUUUUAUCAUUAUAUAUUAAUUUAUUAAAUGGUUAAUGAUUGUUUAUGCAAACCGGCAUUACUAGGAGGUUAUUAUAAAUAUUAAUUAUAUUCAUUUUUUUUCUAAUAAUAAAAUAUUUACAAUUGUGUAAACAACUUAACUACAAAUAAAAAUAUUUCUCAUGUUCAACAAUUUAAAUAAUGUUUUAUAUUAAAUUCAACACAAAUUAA